UGCAAAACCGCAGGGAGGGGAGAAUGGUGUCACCCGGUGUCACUCUGCAAUGGGGUCUUGUAUAAGGGCUCUGCAGUGAAACGGAGGAGUGAGAAACGCAGCUGGGUCCAAAGUAGCAGUUCUGACGGCGUUACCAGCGUCCACCAUGGAGACUCCGCCCGCCCCCUGACCAGUAGCCAACCUAAACGGGACCCGGCUCAGGGAUGGACGGGGCCUAGCAUCCGUGGCUCCUCUUAGCCAAUGGCGCCCCGCGGCGGGCAGGAUUCCAACCAAUCCUGGCUUGCGACUGGCCUCCGGGGAGGAGCCGAGUGGCCCCCAGCCAGACCCAGAGGCCCGGGGAAAGUGAGCCGGACUUCUACCCAGCACUGGUGGAACCCAACGCUGCAGGCUUGUCGGAGGUAGUCGUGGCGACCCUGGCAGCCGAGGUGAGGAGUGGCCGCCUGUGUGAGAUUUUCCUGGAGUUAGAGGAGGGGGGCGCGCCCCCGCGGAAGGCGGAAGCGGGGUAUCCCGAGUGGAGAGAGCAGAUUGGUGUGAUUGAUGGGCAUUGGAGGGUGGAAGGCUGAAUUCCAGCAUCAGCACCGAAGGGGAAGCAACAUUACUCAGGAGUUGGAGUUUGGAGAAGCCAGGAAAACGGAGAAAGAACUUUGGAGGAGAGAGCAGGACAGUUUGAGUCUCGAAGAAUGGCCUGAGUUUGGAGUUCCACGGUGUUCUGGCAAAGCGAGCGUUUUAAGGCUAGGAUAUGAAGCAUUUAGAGGAAUCCGGGAACUAGAGGAACCGCGUAUUGGAUUCUGAGACGCCGUCGUGAUAAGGGAAUGCCGGGGAGAGUUCACUGAUGGGGUCUCGGAGCCGGACUGGGAGUUUGGAUAGUAAAGGCCAGAGUCAUUUGAAAGUGAGCCGAAUUAGGGGAGAUUUGGGACGAGGUCUCAGAAUUGGGAUAUCCAGUUUCGCCGGCGGAACUAUGUACCCGAGAGUUAUUUGGCGUCUUUGGGCGAUAUGAUGGGAUUUGGAUCUCUGCACACCGAAGACAGUUUGGGGAAGAAUCCAGAACUUCCUGGGGUGAUAGGGACCCAGAGAAAACAGGACAUGGGAGGCUUAAAGAGGAAACAUUCUGAUUUGGAAGAGGAGGAGGAGGAGGAGGAGGAAGAGGAGGAGAAGAAGUGGGACUGGAGUCCAGCAGCUCUUCGGAGCUACCAGCAAGCCCUGCUCCGAAUCUCUCUGGACAAAGUCCAGCGCAGCCUGGGCCCCAGAGCACCCAGCCUCCGCAGGCACGUCCUCAUCCACAACACGCUCCAGCAGCUCCAGGCUGCCAUUCACCUGGCUCCAGCACCAGCCCUGCCCCCGGAGCCUCUCUUCCUAGGUGAAGAAGAUCUCUCCGUGUCUACCACCCUUGGCUCCAUCCUGAGGGAGCUGGAUACAUCCAUGGAUGAGAUGGAGCCGCCUCUGAAUCCAGCAGCUUCCUCAAGUCCCCAGAAUGAGGUCAUGUCCCAGGCCGGUCCUGUGUUCUUAGAAGCUCUGAGCUCGAGGUACCUGGGAGACUCUGGCCUGGAUGACUUCUUUCUGGACAUUGAUACAUCUGCGGUGGAAAAGGACAUUGCACUUCCACCUCCAGAGCCGCCUCACAGCCUCUUCUGUAGCCCAGGAUCCUGGGAGUGGAAUGAACUGGACCACAUCAUGGAGAUCAUCCUGGGAUCCUAAAGCUGAUGGGAUCCUUCCAGAUGUCAGCCUCAGUGGGCUGGGGCCUUAGAUGGGACUCUUGUAUGUGUGUGUGUGGCGGGGACUCUAAAACAGAGACUGUGUGGCCUCCUUUCCUCCUAUGUCAGGAUUCCACAAACUGUCCUGCAUGUGUGCGUGUCUGGUUGCCACAGCCUUCUGUGAAGGUGCAUCUUCCUCAAUUAAUUUAUCUCUUCCAAAUGCCUUAAGGAGACUCUGUUUCAGGGAGUCUAGAUUCCUCACUUACACAUUUCUUCUGCCUCCAGUUCCCACUGUCCUUAUGACCACUAGGGUCUCAGGGAAGAUAAAACUGGACCUGUCAAGGGGUGAUGGAGGGGCUGGUCUCCAGACAGACUCAACCUCUUGGCAGGACCCCAGUCCCAGCAGCCUCCUGAUUCAUAACCAGGCCGGACCGUGUGCAAUAGGACAGAAAUCUGCCAGCUCCAUGCUGUGCUACUUAAGAAGAAAGAGGAGGUGGGGUUUGUAGAGGCGUAUGUUUGUUUGUUUGUUUGUUUGUUUGG